UGCUUCCUUUUCAAAACAAAUUCCAAUUUCCAUAGACUGAGCACCAACACGAAAACGCGCUCUUCUCCCUUUACCUUCUUCGAUAGCACAAACCACCUUCCGACCGGAACAUCUCCGAUCUGCCAGAUCGGAGAAGCUACAUCCGAUCCCGAUCCACCGAAGCCUUAUUCCGAAGCUCAACCGAUCCGAACAUAAAUGGAGAGCUUGAUCUCUUUGGUGAACAAAAUCCAGAGAGCUUGCACCGCCUUGGGUGACCACGGCGAAGCCAGUGCUCUCCCUACUCUAUGGGACUCCCUCCCCGCCAUCGCCGUCGUCGGUGGCCAGAGCUCUGGAAAGUCCUCAGUAUUGGAGAGCGUUGUCGGCAAGGACUUCCUACCUCGUGGAUCAGGGAUUGUUACGCGGCGACCGCUUGUGUUGCAGCUUCACAAAAUUGACGAGGGAAGCAGAGAGUAUGCCGAGUUUCUCCACCUACCGAGGAAGAGAUUUACUGAUUUUGCUGCUGUGAGAAAGGAGAUUCAAGAUGAAACUGAUAGAGAGACAGGACGAACCAAACAAAUUUCUAGCGUCCCUAUUCAUCUUAGUAUAUAUUCUCCUAAUGUGGUUAACUUGACGCUGAUUGAUCUUCCUGGGCUUACUAAAGUCGCUGUAGAGGGUCAACCAGAUAGUAUUGUGCAAGACAUUGAGAACAUGGUUCGCUCCUACAUUGAAAAGCCGAACUGUAUAAUUUUGGCUAUUUCUCCAGCUAAUCAAGAUCUUGCAACAUCUGAUGCAAUUAAAAUAUCCCGCGAAGUGGAUCCUACUGGGGACAGGACAAUUGGAGUUUUGACAAAGAUUGAUCUUAUGGAUAAGGGUACUGAUGCAGUUGACAUUUUAGAAGGGAGAGCUUAUAGGUUGAAGUUUCCUUGGAUUGGUGUUGUGAAUAGAUCACAACAAGAUAUAAACAAGAAUGUUGAUAUGAUUGCUGCCAGACGCAGAGAACGUGAGUACUUUAAUAGUACCCCUGAGUAUAAACACCUUGCUAAGAGAAUGGGUUCUGAGCACCUAGCCAAGAUGCUCUCGAAGCAUUUGGAGACAGUUAUCAAGUCCAAAAUUCCUGGCAUUCAAUCUCUUAUUAACAAGACAAUUGCUGAACUUGAAGCUGAAUUGACACGUUUAGGAAAGCCUGUUGCAGCUGAUGCUGGGGGAAAGUUGUACGCAAUCAUGGAAAUAUGCCGUUCAUUUGAUCAAAUAUUUAAAGAACAUCUUGAUGGCGUGCGACCUGGAGGUGAUAAAAUAUAUAAUGUCUUUGACAAUCAGCUCCCUGCUGCUUUGAAAAGGUUACAGUUUGAUAGGCAGCUCUCAAUGGAAAAUAUAAGGAAACUUAUCACAGAAGCUGAUGGGUAUCAACCUCAUCUUAUUGCUCCAGAACAAGGAUACCGUCGACUUAUUGAAUCUUCUCUAAUUACUAUUAGGGGCCCUGCUGAGGCAGCUGUUGAUGCGGUUCAUUCAUUAUUGAAAGACCUGGUUCACAAAGCUGUUAGUGAGACAUUGGACUUGAAGCAAUAUCCUGGUCUCCGAGUUGAGGUAGGGAGUGCGGCUGUUGAUUCAUUAGAGAGAAUGAGGGAGGAAAGCAAAAAGGCAACACUGCAGCUUGUUGACAUGGAGUGUGGCUAUCUGACAGUUGAUUUCUUUCGGAAGCUCCCUCAAGAUGUUGACAAGGGUGGCAAUCCUACCCACUCAAUUUUUGAUCGAUAUAAUGAUUCAUAUCUAAGGAGAAUUGGAACAACAAUUUUGUCUUAUGUCAAUAUGGUGUGUGCAAGCUUGCGGCAUUCAAUUCCCAAGUCUAUUGUGUAUUGUCAAGUGCGGGAAGCAAAACGAAGCCUACUUGAUCACUUUUUCACCGAGCUAGGCAAAAUGGAUCAAAAGCGGUUGUCAUCAUUGUUGAAUGAGGAUCCUGCGAUCAUGGAAAGACGUGGUGCCCUCGCAAAGAGGCUCGAGUUAUACCGGAGUGCACAAGCUGAUAUAGAUGCAGUUGCUUGGUCUAAGUAGAUGUUUUUAUCCACUGUUAUACGAGAGGCGGAUAUUUUCACGCUUAUUCUUCAUUUAGUCAAGAUUAUUGUUAUUGUAUCUAAUAUUUGUAUUGCCAUCUUUCCUAAAUGCCUCACUUGAAAGAAAAGAAAAUGAUUUUUUUGGGCGAGAUUAUUGAGUGUCUUCCCGCCCUAUAUCAUCUACAUAGAUUCUUCACUUGUUAAUUCUUGAA